AUGCCACCUACUGCCAAAGCACCCAAAGAUGGAAUUGAAUUUGAUUCUCUUCCUUGGAAUCUAAAUCUUCCUGAGGAACACUCCUACAUUCAUUUGACCACCGAGAGCGGCGAAUGGACUACCGAGCACUACGAUCCUUCCACCGACAAGGGAUUGCUCUUUGAUGCAGUGAAGAAGUACUCCGAGACGACACUUCCGCUGACACCUUCUACAACUUCCUUGAAUUAUGGAACCACCAUCUGGGAGGGACUCAAGUGCUACCGGACCAAGGAAGGCAAAUGCAUUGUGUUUCGACCUGACAAAAACUUUGUUCGCUUUACCAAUGGAGCCGAUCAAAUGUGUCUGCCAAAGCCUUCCAAAGAACUUUUUUUGAGAGGUGUCCAACAUGUCGUACAAGAGAAUUCCCAUCUCAUUCCACCCUGCGGUGAAGGUAUGAAAUUGUACAUUCGUCCCAUGAUGUUGGGCAGUGGACAACAACUUGGUUUGUACCCAAGCCCACAGUUCAGUUUGUUGUUCUAUGUUUCUCCUACCGGAAACUACUUCAAGAAUGCAACAGGUGGACUGAAUAUUCAUUUGGAAACCCGUCGUUCCCGGGCAUCCCGUGGUGGUCUGGGUUCCACCAAGUGUGCCGGAAACUAUGCCAUUGCACUGAAGCCUCUGUUGGAUGCCAAGAAGGAGGGAUUUCUCGAUAACUUGUUUUUGGAGUUGGAAACAUACAACAAGGGUGCCUUGGAAGAUGCAGUCUUGCAAGAAAUGAGUGCCGCCAAUGUCUUUUUCGUCCUCAAAACUGGAGAAAUCGUGACUCCUUCGUUGGACCGCGGCACCAUUUUGCCUGGGGUCACUCGGGACUCGGUCAUUACCCUUGUACAAGAUUUUGCAGAUGAAUUGAAAGAAGCUAUGAAAGCUUCUACUGGACAAGAAUCAGUUACAGUGUCCUCGAGAGAUGUGACGGUUGGAGAAUUGCGCAAUGCAACAGAAGCCUUUGCAACUGGAACCGCUGCAGAAUUGGUACCCAUUGCUCGUCUGGCGACUGGAUCCGAGGAAGAAUCCUUUGACGUGACCUUCCCACAUGGAACGGAGCUUCCAGGCGGUCCGGUCACCUCUGCUCUCUUGGCUCUGCUGAGAAAAGUCAUGGUGGGAGAAAAGAGCAGCGAAGGAACAAAGGGAUGGCUCCGAGAUCCUUUUGCAUCUCCUGAAGAAUUCUGCAAGUAG